AGGGCGCGCGCGGGGCCAGGGCCGGGCGGCGGCGGGCUGGGCGGCAGCAUGGGCUCGCGGAGGGUCGCCAGCGGAGCCUGGGGCGCGGGGGGACGGGCGGGGGCCCGGGGCUACCACGAGGACGACGGGCCCGUGUGGACCCCCAGCCCCACCAGCCGCAGCUACCUGCUCAGCGUGCGGCCGGAGACCAGCUUAUCGAGCAGCCGGUUGUCUCACCCCAGCUCUGGAAGGAGCACCUUCUGCUCCAUCAUUGCUCAGCUGACAGAGGAGACCCAGCCGCUGUUCGAGACCACGCUCAAGUCCCAGGCCGUGUCCGAGAACAGCGACGUCAGGUUUACCUGCAUCAUCACAGGGUACCCCGAGCCAGAGGUGACCUGGUACAAGGACGACACGGAGCUGGACCGCUACUGCGGCCUGCCCAAAUACGAGAUCACGCACCAGGGCAACCGCCACACCCUGCAGCUCUACAGGUGUCAAGAAGAAGACGCGGCCAUCUACCAGGCCUCUGCCCGGAACACCAAGGGCAUCGUGUCCUGCUCGGGCGUCCUGGAGGUGGGCACCAUGACCGAGUACAAGAUCCACCAGCGCUGGUUCGCCAAGCUGAAGUGCAAGGCUGCGGCAAAGAUGCGCGAGAUCGAGCAGAGCUGGAAGCACGGGAAGGAGGCGGCGGGAGAGGCGGACACCCUGCGCAAGCUCAGCCCCGACCGCUUCCAGCGAAAGCGGCGGCUGAGCGGGGCCGGGGGGCCGGUCCCCUCGGCCCCCACCAGGGAGGCUGAGGACAGGACCUCGGCAGCUUGGCAGGAGAGGGACACGGAGCCUGGUCAGCACCCGGGGCUGGGCCUGACGGACAGUUUUGCCCCCGGAGAGGUGACCACCAAUGGGGAGGCUGCCCCUGAGAACGGGGAGGACGGGGGUCACGGCCUGUUGACCUACCUCUGCGAGGCCAUGGAGCUGGGGCCUCAGCGAGCCCCCCAGAAGGAGUCCGGGGCCAAGAAGAAGAAGAAAGCCGAGGAGCCGAAGCCCGGCCUGCAGACGCCAGCGCUGGAGCAGGCGGUUCGGGGCCACCGCUCCGAACACCGCGUCCCCAGUUCAGACAAGCCCGACCCCCGCGGGACAGAGGGACCGGCGGGUGCGGUGCGGACCCAGACCUGGCCCGGAGACCGGGUGCCCGGUCCUUCAGGGGCAGACGGCACCAGGGAGCCGGCGUCUGCCUCGGGCUCCCCAGCCCAGCCCCAGACGGCCCCGGCCCUCGGCCCAGGCCCAGGCCCAGGCCCCGAAGUGCGCUUCUCCCUGAAGGACAUGUAUUUGGAGAGCACCCGGGCAGGGGACGGGCACCAGGCACAGGGCGGCAGGGCCCCUGGGGAGACACCCUCAGGGGAAGCACCCGGCGAAGCCGGAGAUGAGGGGGGGCCUGCUGCCCCUGGCCAGCACGUGCCCGCGGCCCCGAGGCCGGGCAGGCUUUUCAACUGGAAGAGGUUUGCCCCUCCAAAGCCCAAAGGAGAGCCCACCGCCAGCGGCAAGCCCGACCCUCCCCUGGGCCCAGCUCCGGGACCCGGGGCCCAGGUGCCUACACCCCCCUCCCGGCGGAAGCACAGCACGCGGGACAGCCCCUCGUGCAGGCAAGCAGGCCUCGGGACCCCAGGAGAGGUCCCGGAGUCCCAGGUGACCAUGGCUCCUGUCGUACUGGCCAGUGGCAGUGCCGAGGUGGCCUCUGCUGGCAGCAGCACCCCCAGAAGUCAGGGCGUCGCUGAGCCCAUGGACACAGAACCCCAGGAGAGCAGCACGUGUGCUGACGGGAGGCACGGAGGCAAGAAGGACACAGAGGCGGACGGGAAGAUGCAGGUGGACGAGAGGGCGCCGGGAGACGGAACACGGACGGCCGCGAGGACACAGGCGGGCGGGAAGACGCGGAUGGACCCUACGGCGCAGAACAGGAAGGGAGGAGAGUCAGGCGGGAGUUCCCGGGAGGGAGUGGUAGCACGGGGAGGGUCAGAGAGGCGGGUGGAAAGGACUCCGGAAGACGGGAAGACGCAGGCGGGUGAGAAGACCCAGGGAAAUGGAAGGAUGCAGGAAGACCGGGGGACGCCGGCAGAGGGCAGCGGCCUCAGCCCGCAGACCCCGGAAGGGCCCUCUGGCCUGGGGAAACCCAGUUGCACGCUCAGGUCCGAGGCGGCAGCAGUCACAGCCUCUGGUAACCAACAGCAAACUCUGCUGCGUCCCCUGCGGGGGGGCCCCACGCUGCCCGCACAGUUGCUCCCUGAGGGCAGCUUGGAGCAGACAGGAGGAGGGAGAGGUUGGGUGCCAGAGCGGUCAGGCCCGGUCAAGGACACGCCAGCGGUGAGCCUGUCCCAGGGUCCUGCGCAGGAGCGGCCCGGGGAGGUGCUGUCUGUGGGGCUGGGCGCCUGUCCUCCCGCUGGCCUGAGCCCGGAGGUGCCCACUCUGCCUUCUCCUGGGACUGGCCUGUCGGAUAGCCCACAUCGGGGGCUGCCCAGCACCCCUGAUUCCCAGCGCCCAGGGGCAGCCGCCUUCUUGCCCUCUGGGGACCCGGCCUUGCUGAGCUCUGCUCCUGCACUGCACCCGGGGCCAGAGACCCCCGCCCGGAGCCACCCACUGGAACCCACAGCAGCCGGCAAUGAGGGGGCCUGCGCCAAGAUGCCAGAUGAGGAGGGGACGCCCUCAGGCCCCCGGAGCUGUGACCCUGGCCUCAUCGAUUCCCUGAAGAACUACCUGCUGCUGCUGCUGAAGCUGUCCAGCACAGGGGUGGGCGGAGGGGGCACGGAGCCCCAGGGGGGAGCAGCGCCCAGGGGUCCGGAACCCUCGCCCGCGCUGGCCCCCACGGUGGGCGUGGCCGGCCUGAGUCCUCGGACGUCGAGGCGCAUCCUGGAGCACGUGGAGAACGACCACCUGCUGCAGAGCGCGCAGAACCUGCUGCUCAGCCCCUGCACCACCCGCCGCAUCACGGGCCUCCUGGACCGGGAGGUGGCGGCCGGCCAGCAGGCCCUGGCUGCCGCUCGCAGCCACAGCCCCAGCCCCCUCAGCGUCCCCACCAUAGUGGUGGGUGAGGAGGCGGGCCCUGGGCUGACCUCAGAAGCAUCCAGGAAGGGUGAGGGAGAGGUUCCCCUCGAGGGGCCUGGCCUCCUGGGAACCUCCCGGGAGGGCAGCGUGGGGGGCCUGCUGGGAGAGGCGGGUGGGCAGGCAGCCUCUGGCCAGGGACCUCCGUCCCCAGAGAGCAGAGCUCAGGGACCCCUCCAGGAGGAGGGGCUCCCACAGGAGACGCCACCAGGGCUCCCCGCAGCGACCCCCGAGGAGCUGGCUCUGGGUGCCCGGAGGAAGAGGUUCCUCCCCAAGGUCAGAGCAGCGGGGGACGGGGAGGCCACCACGCCGGAAGAGAGGGAGAGCCCCACGGUUUCUCCUCGGGGACCCAGGAAGGGCCUCUCGCCUGGGUCCCCCGGCACUCCGGGGCGGGAGCGGCGCUCUCCGACCCAGGGGCGAAAGGCAGGCCUGCUGGAGGUGCCUCGGGCGGAGGAGGAGCUGGCCGCCGGAGACCCAGGCUCCAGCCCCAAGGCCAGCGGGCCGGACGCGGAGCCGGCCCUGGACACAGGCAAGCAGGAGGCCGAGGACAAGUCGAAGAAAGCCAAAGACCUGCUGAAAGCCCCACAGGUGAUUCGCAAGAUCCGCGUGGAGCAGUUUCCGGACGCCUCGGGCAGCCUGAAGCUCUGGUGCCAGUUCUUCAACAUCCUCAGCGACUCGGUCCUGACGUGGGCCAAGGACCAGCGCCCCGUGGGCGAGGAGGCCCGGAGCGCAGGGGACGAGGGGCCGGCGGCCCUGGCCAUCGUGCAGGCGUCCCCCGUGGACUGCGGCGUGUACCGCUGCACCAUCCGGAACGAGCACGGCGCGGCCUCCACGGACUUCUGCCUGAGCCCCGAGGUGCUGUCAGGGUUCGUGUCCAGAGAAGAAGGUGAAGUCGGAGAAGAGAUCGAGAUGACCCCCAUGGUGUUCGCCAAGGGUCUGGCUGACUCUGGCUGCUGGGGCGACAAGCUCUUCGGGCGCCUGGUGAGCGAGGAGCUACGGGGAGGAGGACACGGGCACGGCCUUCGGAAGGCCUCCCAGGCCAAGGUCAUCUACGGGCUGGAGCCCAUCUUCGAGUCGGGCCGCACGUGCGUCAUCAAGGUGUCCAGCCUGCUGGUGUUUGGGCCUAGCAGCGAGACGGCCCUGCUGGGCAGGAACUACGACGUCACCAUCCAGGGCUGCAAGAUCCAGAACAUGAGCCGGGAGUACUGCAGGAUCUUCGCGGCCGAAGCCCGGGCGGUGCCCGGCUUUGGGGAGGUGCCCGAGAUCAUCCCGCUGUACCUGAUCUACCGGCCGGCGAACGCGGUCCCGUACGCCACGCUGGAGGAGGACCUGGGCAAGCCCCUGCAGCCCUACUGCUCCCGGGACUGGGGCUCCGCCGCGGCGCCGGCGCCCGGCAGCUCGGAGGCCGUGCAGAAGUGCCAGGCCUUCCAGCACUGGCUGUACCUGUGGACGAACGGCAGCUUCCUGGUCACGGACCUGGCAGGGGUCGACUGGAAGGUGACCGAUGUGCAGAUCGCCACCAGGCUGCGGGGAUACCAAGGCCUCAAGGAGAGCUGUUUCCCCGCCCUGCUGGACCAGUUCGCCGCCUCCCACCAGUGCAGCCCCUUCUGUGAGAUGCUGGGGCUGAAACCGCUCAAGGGCCCCGAGGCCGCCCACUCCCAAGCCAAGGCCAAAGGCUCCAAGAGUCCAUCUGCUGGGAGGAAGGGCUCGCAGCUGAGCCCUCAGCCCCAGAAGAAAGGCCCACCCAGCCCUCAGGGCACCCGGAGGAGCGCCCCGAGCUCCAAGGCCGCUCCUCAGGCUGCAGGGGCAGUCACCACCCAGGUACUGGGAGAGCCCCCCAGCCGAGAGGGGAGCUCGCAGGCCCAGGGCACGCGGUAGCCCCUGCGAGAGGCUGGGGGCCUUCACCCGGCCGCAGACCCACAAGGAAGCAGCUCGACCUGACGGAGACCUUCCCAGCGUGGACCGGCCAGGAAGGCACGCCAAGCCGGCGGCUCCGGGGCCUCCCGGCACGGCCUCUCCCCAGUCAGCUCCUCCCCAGGCGGCUCCGGCUCCGGUGCGUGGCACACAGCCCAGUGGCCUCCUCUGGUGCCAUGUCACCCGGGGCUCCCAGGCCCCGCUCCCAGUGCCCCGGGGGCUGAGGCCCUCCUUGAAGUUUACACUGGCCACUGCUGGAGGCUCCCCACGUCCUCUGCAUGAGUUUGCACCCAACCCCUGGCCCCAGCCAGACCCUGCUGUGAACGGCGUCCCCUGGGGCGUGCAGGCCAGCACUCACCCCUGCCUUUGCUCCACCCCGACCUCUCCCUGACCUCAGGGUUCGGGGCUCCCUCUGCUGCGUGACUCUCAGGGCGUCUUCUCCCUCAGGCAGCUUGGCCUCCUCCAUCCCAGCUUAGCCUGCAGCGACCCUGCCCCCGAGCCCCACCUGGCGCCUGUUCUGUCCUUGUGCGGUGGUCUUUGGUGACACGUGUUCUUGCUUCUCCUUCCCUCGUCUCCCAGGCACUCACUUGCCUGCUGCUCAUGCUGUCUUGCACCCCUCCCCCACCUCUAGCUUGGAACCCAGUUGCAGCCUGCUGCCUGCCUUUCAUGACUCUGCUCGUCCCUGUGUCUGAUGGCUUUCCUAGCCCGGCCCCCCACCCUGCCCCCCAGGACCCAGGUGAAGAGCAGACCCUCCGGCCUCUAGUCCACCUCAGUCCACUCCUCCCUGCUUGUCCACGCCCCCCUCCCGUGAGGGGAGAAGUGGCACGGGGUGGUCAGCAGCCGGGGCCAGAGGGAGAGUGUGGACUUGGAGGGCCUGGGUGCUCCGUGCUGACAGAGGUGGCUCGUGUGGAGCUCACAUCUCCUGGCUGCGGUGGACGGCUGGGGGUUUGGGGAGGGUGCCAGCCAGCUGCCCACUGCGGUGGAGGGCUGUCUCUGUGCCUGGGACCCAGGGCCCCUGUCCCAAAGCAUUAACUCUGGAUCCUGAAUCUCCAGCUCCAGGACCUAGUGCGUGAGCUCCCAAGGAAUUGCUGUACUUGGCCCAGGACCCUGUGCCCUUCCUGGGAGCCCCUCCUGCAGGCCCUGGGUGUGGGCAGGGGUCUGGAAGUAGCCCACUCCCCUUGGAAUUCAAUAAAGGCAGCAACUGUGUCCCUUGCUCA